GGAUGAAGGAGUCAAUGGGCGUGUGUGUGGGCGUGGGUGCGGGCGUGGGGCGUCUUCUGGUCUUCCUACUCGCCCUCCUCUCCGCCCUCUGCGGACCCGUCAGCGCUAACUACAGGGCGCGAGAGAAGCAGAUCAUCGACGAAAUCAUAGGACCUGGGAACUAUGACAAGAGGAUCAGGCCAGCGGGAGCCAACGACACGGGUCCCGCCGUGGUACACAUCAACAUCAUGAUUCGAAACGUGCAAACGAUCUCGGACGUGAAGAUGGAGUACAGCAUCCAAAUCACCUUCAGAGAGCAGUGGACAGAUCAACGACUCACCUUCGACAACAUGCAAGGUCGCAUCCAGUACCUGACCCUGACGGAGACAGACAUGGUGUGGAUGCCUGACCUCUUCUUCAAGAACGAGAAGGAGGGACAUUUCCACAACAUUAUCCUGCCCAACCUGUACAUCCGUAUCUACCCCGACGGCGGCGUCCUCUACAGCAUCAGGUGAGCCCAGGGGAAGGUGCCGUUGAGG